AUGAAGCUUUCCACCAGCCUGAUUCUCUCUGGUCUCUCCUUGGUGAGUGCCUCGCCACUGAAGCGCGUGGUGACCAACACCACUAGCACCAUCACGCCGCCUGUGGGAAAGUGGUUCGACCGUUUUGUGGUGAUUGUUCUUGAGAACACCAACAAGGAUGUCACCUUCGGCAACCCCUACUUCCUCAAUCUCACCAACAUGGGCAUGACGCUGGGCAACUACCAUGGAACUGCCCAUCCAUCCCAGCCAAACUACAUUACCAUGGUUUCCAACACCCUUUCCGCCGGUGUCUAUGAUGAUGCCGAUCACAACAGCACCGAAAUGAGCAUCAUUGACUUGUUUGAGCCGGCUGGUAUUACCUGGAAAGCUUACAUGGAGGGCUACACUCCUCUUGCCGACGGUGGUUGCAACCCAAUAACCGAAGACAAGUCCACUCUAUACGUCCGCAAGCACAACCCUUUCAUGUCCUUCGACAACAUUCGCAACAACACUGCACGUUGCCAGAACAUCGUGAAUGCCGAGGAGAAUUUCGCCAAAGAUGUUGCUCUCGGUGCUAAAGCCCCCAUGUACAUGUUCUACAGCCCCAACCUUGACAACGAUGCCCACAACACCGACAUUCCCUUCGCUGUCAACAACACUCAAUACUUGAUCGACACCAUGUUGCUCAAUGAGGAGUUUAUGAGGAACACUUUGAUUCUUCUUACCUUUGACGAAAACAAUAUCUACAUCAAUGAUAACUUUGGCUUGCCCAAUCUCAUCUACACUGUUGCCCUGGGUAAUGACACCAUCAAGUGCUACGACUGUGUUGACCAACAGUACUACGAUCACUUCUCUCAAGUUGUUACCCUCGAAAGGAACUGGAACCUCAGCACUAUUCCCCAGCCCGAUGGCAGUGGCGAGGGUAUGGACAUGUGGUGGAGACCAUUCGGCCAGCUCCGCGCUGCUGACGACAACAUUUGCGCCUAUGCCCCUUGCUCGGAGUACUACGACGGCAAGAGCCCGGCACCAUCUGACGGUAACUGGGAAGACCAAGAUUACUAG